UAUUAUUAGAAAGUUAAUUAUGAAAAACUGAUAGUUCAUCUGGACUGUCUAGGUCAUUUACGGUAACAAUAUUUUCCUCUCAAGGACUUAUGUUAGCAUCCUUUGAAGUUGCGUUACAACCAGGAACUGACCGUGAAGACUUCCUUAUCUUCAUAGCUUGAUGCAGCAAGUCUUUGAUAUCUGUUUGCAACUUUGAUGGGCGGGGGCAAGUCUCUGACUUAAACCCCUUAGAAACUUUCAAUUUCAUCUUUUUGUUUCCCUGAUUAGUAUCUGUAAACUUAUUCUUUUGCUCAACAAAAGGCUGACUCCUCAUUCGGGAACAUGUUGGAAGAGCAGGGAUCACUCCACUCUUGAUUCUCCUAUUAAAAGGGUUUGACUCCAUAUUCUUGGUCAGGCUGUCUCAAACAUGGACACUAGAAGCCGAGGUAUUCUCGUCCAAUAAAUCAUCGGACAGAUCUUCAUAGAAAUAGUUGAUGUCGU